UAAAAGGUGUGGGGUGUCUUAAGUAAUUUGCGUUAACCACUCGGAAUCAGUUGGGCUGGGCUUCUUGGAGAGCGGAGGCCCAAUAUAUCCACCGCAAGUCUACUAGUAGUAACCCUAAAACCCUUUGUCUUCCUCCUUGGCAAACGCGCAAACAAGAGCGGAGGCGCAGACUCUGAGAUUAGAGUAGACACAGCGAUGGCGGAUACCAAAGCGGUCACGAUCCGUACGAGGAAGUUCAUGACCAACCGUCUUCUCUCGAGAAAGCAAUUCGUUAUCGAUGUCCUGCAUCCAGGAAGACCGAAUGUUUCCAAGGCGGAGUUGAAGGAGAAACUAGCAAGGUUGUAUGAAGUGAAGGAUCCAAAUUCCAUCUUUGUUUUCAAGUUCCGCACCCAUUUUGGAGGGGGCAAAUCCACUGGUUUUGGUUUGAUCUAUGAUUCUGUUGAGAAUGCAAAGAAGUAUGAGCCAAAGUACAGGCUGAUCAGGAACGGACUGGAUACAAAGGUGGAAAAGUCAAGGAAGCAACUCAAGGAAAGGAAGAACAGAUCCAAGAAGAUCCGCGGAGUAAAGAAGACCAAGGCUGGUGAUGCUGCCAAGGCUGGGAAGAAGAAAUGAGCUUCUACGUAGUUUGGGGUUUGCAUGUGUUCGCACCAUGUUUCUACAUCAACCUCUGUCUCAUUCCCCCUUUUCUUUUGUCACUGAAUAUAAAAAGUUUUGGAUAUUUUAAUUUUUACGUUUGAGUUGAGGCUAAUUUUCUGAUUUUUGUAGCAUUUUAUUUUUGGAUUUUCUUAUCCCCAUUAUAUCGACUGCGCUUUUUGACUUCGAGUGGUGAAAAGAGCCCACACAGAAUCUCGGACCGAAUAUGCCAAAAUGCGUCCAUUGUAGUUUUUAUUUGCGGAAUUGGUUGCAAUCGAAGAUUAGUCAUUAUAUUUUUUCGCCACUAA